CGAUCAUCGCCACGCGUCCCUCCUUUUCUCCCCUUCCUAUUUCUACCCCUCUCAUUUCACUCCCACCAGUCCCCCACUCAUACUCGCACUACUCCCUUCCUUUUACUGCCCUUUUCUCUCUCCUACUCUCUCUCUCUCUCUCUCUCUCUCUCCACCCUCAAAUGGCAGCGAUGAAGUUCUCCCUUCUAAUGCUGGUGUUUUCCAUGGCGGUUGUGGUGUUAGUGGGAGCCAAGAGUUCACCGGCACCGGUCGACUGCACAAGUGUAGUCCUUAGCAUGUCAGACUGCUUGUCAUACGUCACCAACGGUAGCACCGUGGAUAAACCAGAAGGAAACUGCUGUAAUGGGUUGAAAACUGUGCUUAAAACUAGCUCUGAGUGUCUAUGUGAAGGUUUCAAGAGUAGUAGCCAAUUCGGCGUCGUUUUGAAUGUUUCUAAGGCUCUUGGUUUACCAAAAGCUUGCAAGGUUAAUGUUGAUCCCUCUACUACCACAUGUGGAUUAUCUGUUGCUCCAACUGGCGCUCCUUCUCCAGCUGGUGGUGUAGUUGCCCCGGCAGGUGCUCCAUCAGGUUUUUCAAUCGCCAACACCCCAGCAAUGAGUCCUGAAGGCAACGUGGUGUCUCCUUCAAUGUCUCCAACCAACACCGGUGCUGCCACUGCUACUGGCGUGUCAAUGCAAAUGCAGCUGAUUGUUGUGGGAUUAGCAGCAGUAUUCUUCUCUAGUUUUUAAUCAUCAGACUAAUUUUACAUAGUACUAGUAGCCUAUUUAAAUUUUCAAGGGAUCUUUGUUUGAUCAAUAGCUCAUGUUUUACAUUUCUUCACCCACAUUUUUUUGACUGUGUUUUUAUGCGGUGGGAUUGAUUGGCGUUUAUUUUCUCAAUGGCAGACUUUCUUUCCGUCUAGUCAUUUAUUUGUUGCUGAUAUUACUAUCAUGAUUAUUAUUCGUUACCUGAUUUAAUUGGAUCUUAAAUCUUGAUGUUAUGGUUCA